AUGGCGGACGCAGCAGCACGGCGGCGUUAGCACCGAGGACAAUAACAUAGCGUUUGUUUGGAUUUGUGGCGUGACGAACGUCCGCCGUCAACAGUUCUCUGAGUGUGUAGUUUGUGGCACACGGUAAAACAAGAAAAAAAAGGAAAAAGUCGGUUGGGGCUCGUCUCCCUCUUUUUAUUUUCCGCUGAAAAUCCCUUUCCCACCCUGGUUCAUGGUGGCUACCCGGAGCUAGCCGGACAGCACAACAUGGGGGACUCUCUCGAGCUGAUCGGCAAGCGGCUCUUCCUGCUCCUCGGUGACGGUGGGCCCGCGAGCGUAGCAGAACCAGAACAGGCCGUGUGGGCUCGUGACUGGCUCCGAGGGACCGUCCGCGCUGUUAGCGUCAUCGGCUUGGCUGCCACCGAGGUCACCGGAGAAGAGGCGGCUACGACCACGGCCACGACUACCCCCACGACCACCGCUACGGCUACGGCUACCGCCUCUACCGCAGCGGCCGGGCUGACGGUGUUUGUGGAGUUUGAGAAUACCGUGCAGCGAUAUUCCUGGGUCCAGGUGUAUGGGGAGGGGGUGAGAGCCAUCCUGGUUGAAGACUCCAUUGUCUGGGCCAACAGAAGUGAUGGCUCUGGGCCCGUCCCAGGAUCAGCCAAUGCCUGGCCCGCUCUGGCUUUUCGCUCCCUGGUGGACAGAGUUGGUUUGGGAUCCUUGGUUCCAGUGGAGUUCUUUGGAAACAGAUCUUUUGAGUUCCUCUCUGAUAACAAAUUUGUCCAGAGGUUUGAGGUGGAUAAAGACCUGAGACACUCUUUGCUGUUGGAGCAUCCCUCACUGCAGGCUGCCAUCUCCAGCUGGCUUAGUGACUUUGAGCUGCAGGAGAUUUUCAGGAAAGGUUCCUACACCAUUCAGGGGCGCAGGGUACGAGUGUACCAGCCUGAAUUUGAGGAGUGCUGGGCCAUAGGGCUGGUCUCUCAGCAUGACCCAGUCUCUCACAUCAUGGAGAUCACCAUGGACAAGGGAGAUGAAAAUCAGGUGGUAGAUCCUCGUGUGAUACAUGUGAUGCUGACAGAAGAGGAACUUGGAAAGAAUGGGCGUCGCAGGAAGGAAAGUGAAACGGCAAAAAGUGAUAAUGGGCGCAGGCGUAGGACUGCCUCUGAGGGUGAGGAAGACAUGAACUUAAAACGCUUCAAAGCUGCGGGUGAGGUUGGGGCUGAUGGACAGAAUUGCAGCGAUGCUAACAAAGCGUCUGUGGAAGGACUGGUGAUGUGGGGUGGAGAGCCAGGUGGAGAGGACCGGGUCAGCAGCACCACCAAAAAUGGCAGCUCUUCAGAAGGGGCCUGUCCUCAGGCCAGAGGGUCAUUGUCCCCUAACACUGCACCCUCAGUCCAAAUGGACCAAUCAAACGCUCUUCUGUCUCGAUAUCCUGCCCAUGUCAAGGAAAAUGGGCGCACAAUUUCCACUCAAGGAGCGGCGGACUCAACCACCCCUGUCUCUCAUACCCCCACUCCUCCUCCCCUGAAACCAGCCCCCUCCCCAUUCUCUAACACAUCUUUCCCCUCACUUGGCCAAAUGCCAAACCUAGUCCCUGGAGCCCCAGCUUCCAAGGCCUCCCCAGUACCCCAGCCAGACAGAGAGGAGCCCUCCCAGUUAGCCUACCCUAGAACAGCUGCUCUCGUAUCCCCAGGGCCUGUCACCAUUUCUUCGUCCUCACACGGCAGUGGUCCCAAUGUGGCUCUUUCUGCCUCUGUAGGCUUCAACCCAAAAACAUCUGCCUGGGGAAACCAAAAUGAGGGCUCGAAAGCGUCAUCAGGGUUUCGUGUGCCCCAAGCCAUACCGGCUGCUACUCCAGUAUUUGGAGAUGUUAGCUCCCAGACUAACGGAGCCACUCCAACCACGGCCUCCCCGGACUCUUCCAGGCCCUUUGGGUUUGGGUUUGGAGGAGCCAAAAAUGAGGCACACUCACAGCAAGACCAGAACUUGUUUUUCCAAUGCAUGACUCAGAACCAUGGUACUAACCAGAGCCCAGUUGGUCAGACCCAGUCCAAGGACACCAACUACUUUACUGCUGUGUCAGAGAGUCUUAAUAAGGAACCCCCAAGCCUGUUCAAGCCUGCUGCUCCCACUGAGGGGCUAAAAAAACCUGUGGUGGCCCCAACUUCUGUUGGGCUUUUUGGAUCAGCACCGGUCUCAGCUCUGCCAUCGCACAAAGAACAACCUAAAGUGCCUGAGAGCCAUUCAACAGGUAACGGUGUGCACAGCAAGCCUUUUGGAGGAGACAAAGCUUCACCGGCCUUCCAAGGUGCAAGUGGGUCUGGAGUAAAUAGAAAUUCUGUCCUUGGGUCUGGAGCUCUGGCUCCAGCAACUGCAGGGCAAGCUGCUGCUAAGAGAAGUGGCAGUAAUGGAGCUUCCUCAGGAAGCCAUGGGCUGCUUUCUGGGGCCAUGUCACCAGAGAGCCACAAGAACCUGUUCCUCCAGGCCUCCAAAGAGCCCUCAAACCCCUUCCUGGCAUAUGGGGACAAGACUCCCCACACCUCCUUUGCUGGCCUCUCCGGGGCCGAGCCAGAGACUGUGGGCUCUCCUUCAGACAGCAAGCCAAACUUGUUUACUAUGGCAGAGCCGCCCAAAGGGAUUCUGUCUUCCCCUUUUGCUGCCCUCUCAGCUGCUGCUUCCCCCAGCUCUUCCUCUCCAGUCCCUGCCUUCACUCAGAGGUCACACAGUGAAGUGCUUAUGCCAAAGGAAGACCAAGAUGGGGAAGAGAGACCUACCUCCACAACCAGCUUACCCCUGUUUGGAAACACAGGGCCUAGUGGAGCUGAAGAAGAGCCCGUGUCUUUUGAACAGAGCCAGACCCAAAAGUUCACCCUGGAGGAAAGGGGUCAGGCCUCCAAGCGUGACUCUGACUCUAGCACCAACAGUGACCUGUCAGAUCUGAGUGAGAAUGAGGAGGGCCCGGAGAGAGGACAGGACCCAGGAGGACCACAAGGCCCUGGCAAAGAUAGUAUCUUGCAACACAAAGCUAAAGUCUCUGGUGCUGUCAAGGGCCGGCCACGCAAUAAACCCUUCAAAGUUGGCCAGUCAGUGUUAAAAGACCUAACGAAGGUGCGUCGUCUGAAGCAGUCUGGUGAGUCCUUCCUCCAAGAUGGCUCAUGUAUCAACGUGGCCCCUCAUCUGCACAAGUGCCGAGAGUGUCGUCUGGAGCGCUACCGUAAAUACCGGGAUGAAGACACAGAUGAUGAUGAUGAUCCUAAUGUGGCCUGUCGCUUCUUCCACUUCCGCAGGUUGGCAUUUACCCGUAAAGGUGUACUGCGUGUGGAGGGAUUCUUGAGCCCUCAGCAGAGUGAUGCUAUGGCCAUGGGACUGUGGCUGCCUGCCCCGACUGUUCAGGAGGGUCUUGACCUGGAUACAUCUAAGUAUAUCCUGGCCAAUGUGGGAGACCAGUUCUGCCAGCUGGUCAUGUCUGAGAAAGAGGCUAUGAUGAUGGUGGAGCCUCACCAAAAAGUGGCAUGGAAGCGUGCUGUACGAGGCAUCAGGGAGAUGUGUGAUGUGUGUGAGACAACCCUGUUCAACAUCCACUGGGUGUGUCGCAAGUGUGGCUUCGGCGUGUGUCUGGACUGUUACAGGCUGCGCAGGAACAGGCCACUGGAAGUUGUAGAUGAGGGUCCAGAGGAUGAAGUCUUCGCUUGGUUGAAGUGUGCCAAAGGUCAGCCCCAUGAGCCGCAGAACCUCAUGCCAACACAGAUCAUACCUGGGACAGCCCUCUACAACAUAGGAGACAUGGUUCAUUCAGCAAGGGGCAAGUGGGGUAUUAAGGCCAAUUGCCCCUGUACCAGUCGACACACAAAGCCUUUAGUGCGCCCCAGUGCCCCAAAUGGGAUUUCACAGUCAACAGCAAGCAGUGGUAGUGGCCUUGGUGCAGCAGUGUUGGGUAUUGGCUCCACUCCCAAACCAGGGGGGGAGCAGUCAGCAAUGAAAAUGGAACCUACACAAGCAGCAACAUCGGAGGGAGGAGGUAGCGAGACUAUUGGAAGUACCAUCAAUUCCAUCAGUGGCACAAAUGCCACCUCUAACCUCGCUCAAAGCUCUUCCAAGGAUCCCCGCUCCUCAACAGGAGAGGGUAAUAGCUCUGCCCUGCACUGGCUAGCAGACCUUGCCACACAGAAAGCCAAGGAUGACACAAAAGAAUCUGGUUCACUUCGCUCAAUGAUGAAUCGAGAAAGUCGACCACCAUUUGGCCUAGACUCGCUCAGUGCCCUGUCAAGGCCCUCUGCCUCCAGCCCUAAGCUCUUCAACAGUCUGCUACUGGGUUCUAGUACGUCCCAGCCCAAACCUGAGGGCUCUAGCCUCAGGGACCUUCUCAACUCUGGCCCCGGCAGACUCCCCCAAGGUCCUGGAGAGAGUGGGGUACCCUUCCCUUCUGUCUUCACCUCAGCAAGUGGUGACAAGCUCAAGGGAAGCCUCCCCAACUUCUUGGAUCACAUCAUUGCUUCGGUGGUGGAAACCAAGAAGGCAGAGGGCCGUCGUAGUGGGGCUUCUGAGGGUAGUGAGCUCAGUGUGUUGGGGGGCCGCAGGGAUGGAGUUAUGGGUCUCAGUGUUCUUGAUCCCCAUACCUCCCACUCCUGGUUCUGUGAUGGGCGGCUGUUGUGCCUACAGGAUCCCAGCAACACCAACAACUGGAAGAUCUUCAGAGAGUGCUGGAAGCAGGGACAACCUGUGUUGGUGUCAGGGAUACAUAAACGUCUGAAAAGUAGCUUGUGGCAUCCGGAUGCCUUCAGUGAGGAGUUUGGAGACCAAGAUGUGGAUCUGGUCAACUGUAGAAACUGUGCCAUCAUCUCUGACGUCAAAGUGCGAGACUUCUGGGACGGUUUUCAGGUCAUCUCCAAGCGACUGCAGGGUAGCGAUGGCCAGCCCAUGGUGUUGAAACUAAAAGACUGGCCGCCAGGAGAAGACUUCAGGGACAUGAUGCCCACGCGUUUUGACGAUCUGAUGGAAAACCUCCCCUUGCCAGAGUACACAAAAAGAGAUGGUCGUCUCAACCUAGCCGCUCGUCUGCCCAACUUUUUUGUGCGUCCUGACCUUGGGCCUAAGAUGUACAAUGCUUAUGGCCUAAUCUCAUCAGAGGACAGGAAGGUGGGCACCACUAACCUCCAUCUGGAUGUGUCAGAUGCUGUCAACGUCAUGGUCUAUGUAGGCAUCCCUGAAGGAGAUACAAACCAUGAGAAUGAAGCAGAUGUCGCUGGAUACAAAGAGGUCAUGACUACCAUUGAGGAGGGCGAUGUGGAUGAAAUGACAAAGAGGAGAGUCUAUGAGUCAAAGGAGAAACCUGGAGCUCUUUGGCACAUCUACGCUGCCAAGGAUGCCGAAAAGAUCAGAGAGCUGCUCCGCAAGGUGGGAGAGGAGCAGGGCCAGGAGAACCCCCCAGAUCAUGACCCUAUCCAUGACCAGAGCUGGUACCUUGACCAGGUGCUCCGCCAGAGGCUCUAUGAAGAAUAUGGUGUCCAGGGCUGGGCCAUCUUACAGUUCUUAGGUGAUGCUGUCUUCAUCCCUGCUGGAGCUCCCCACCAGGUCCACAACCUGUAUAGCUGUAUCAAGGUAGCAGAGGAUUUUGUAUCCCCAGAGCACGUGAGGCAUUGUUUCAGACUGACACAGGAGUUUAGACACCUCUCCACCACUCACUCCAACCAUGAGGAUAAGCUACAGGUGAAGAACAUAAUAUAUCAUGCAGUGAAGGAUGCUGUUGGAACAUUGAGGGCCCACGAACCUAAACUAGCACGCCCUUAGUCGCCUUGGCUUGCCGCUGUCCCGAAGCCAUGAGAAUCCAAGACCACUCCUUUACAAACACACAUCUGCAUACACUCACAAGCUGCAGUGACAGAGUGAAGGGAUUUUGUUGGACAGUGUUGGUCUAGGUUUGAGGAAAAGAAGGUAAGAAGUUGCUGCUCACAACUAAUUUGAGGUCUGAGGUCAGGUUUGAUUACAUUGGGGGGGUAGGUGGUGCUUUGAUGAAGGAAGUUCUUCAUCACUGUUACACAGUAUGUUCAGACAUGUCUACUUGUUUCUCAAUUCACUUUAUUAACUGUAUUUAAGGUCAGUGUGUUUGUUCUGUUGUUUUCGCUGUAUAUGUAAAAAUGUGAGACUUGGAGAGGUAAAAGCUGACGUGCCUUUGGAGCAAAGAGAUUCAGCUGCAGUUGAAGCGUCCGACAAAAUGUGAGCACUGGGCUAAUUUUCCCAUUUUGAUGAUGUCCUUUUUUGUUUGUUUUGUUUUGUUUUCCAGUAGAAGGCAGGUUAACCUGUUUUAGUUUUUUUGUAGGGUUUCUAUUUUCUGAGGAGUUUCAGUCCUCUGGCUGAAAUUGGUUCAUGAAGUAGCCAGUAAUGGGAAGCAGACCAAAGUUUUGUAUUUUUAGUUUUCUCAUUUUCACUAAAGAACUCCAAAAGUGUUCUCUUCGUUUUUUAAUAAACAAGGUAAUGAUGGAUGGUUGCUUUGAUUGAAUGCAUAUAAAAGGACUGGAACAAGUGUCUUCAUUGGUUUGGUCGCCUCUGUUUUAUGGUCUAAUUGAACAGAUUUUCAACAAUGUACAAAAGUCAUGAUUCCAGCUGAACAGAACUACUGGCCGUUAACAUUGUAUCAAUUAUAUAUAUUGAUCUUAGCAGUCUGUUUGAUUUUUUUUUUUUCAAAAUAAAGUUUACA